AUGGUGAAGAUGAUACCCAGCAAAACCGGGUUUGGGCUCAGAAACCAGGAGAGAUGGGGUACAAGGGAAGGCAUAGGAAAGGAAGAAGUCAUCAAGUUGCUGCUAUGCGGAGAUCCAAAUGCCUCGGAUUUUAUCGGCCGCAUCCCGCUCUGGAUGGAAGCAAAAUCCGGCUAUACGGACGCAAUCAGGAUCCUGCUGGGUGACCAGCGUGUAUCUCCCAACACUGAAUCAUCCUAUGGCAUAACAGCGCUGGAAGUGGCAUUUGAUGAGGUCCAAUCACCGCGUUUUAAGCCACUAACAACCCAGUUUAUUCAUAACUCCUCUCCAAAAACUGAUCUUGAUUGGGGUCUUCAAAAUCCCAAAAUCUUUGCAUAUAUAGACAAUUUAACCCGGAAGGAGAUCCCGUUCCCAGAAUUGCACAAUUACAGAAACAGAUAA